AUGAAUUCUAGCUUGGCCUCUCUUAUAAAGAAUUUGGGUAAUGACCACCCAAUUACGACUACAUAUUUUAAGAAACAAGACUAUUCUUCUGAACAGAUUUCCUUAGCAUAUCGUAAAGGAAUCUUUUCUUAUAAGUACAUAGACUUUCAUGACCAAUUUAAGAAAAUAGAAUUACCUCUGAUUCAUGAAUUUCAUAGUGUCCUUGAAGGUAAGAUUUCACAAGAGGAUUAUAAUUAUAUCCAAAAUGUAUUAAAGGGAUUUGGAUAUAAGAACUUGGGAGAAUAUAAUGAUCUCUAUCUCAAAAUAGACAUGCUUAGUCUAGUAUAUAUCCAGAUGUUUGACUAA